CUUUCGAAUCUCGGACGGCACUCAGAGGCCCUUCCACUCAUCAAGGAAAGCGUCAAACUCCGGCGCCGGCUAGUUGCCGUUCACCGAGAACUAUUCACCCCUGAUUUGGCUUCGUCACUGAAUAAUUUAUAUAACGCUCUUUCUGGCCUUGGACAGCACUCCAAGGCGCUCCCAUCCAUCGAGGAAAGCGUCAAACUCUACCGCCAACUAGUUGCCGUUGACCCAGAAUCAUACACUACACAUUUGGCUUCAUCGCUCAACAACCGCUUCAACGCUCUUUCGAAUCUCGGACUGCACACCGAGGCGCUCCCAUUCAUAGAGGAAAGCGUCAAACUCUACCGCCGGCUAGUUGCCGUCCACUCAGCAUCAUACACCCCAGAUUUGGCCCUGUCACUCAACAGUCUAUGCAAUGCUCUUUCAAAUCUUGGACGGCACUCAGAGGCCCUCCCAUUCAUGAGUGAAAGCGUCAGCCUGUAUCGCAGGCUGGUUGCCGUUCACCCGGAAUCAUACACCUCGGACUUGGCCAGGUCACUCGACAGUCUACGUAGUGCUCUUUCGCAUCUCGGACGGCACUUUGAGGCGCUCCCAUUCAUCGAGGAAAGCGUCAGACUGUACCACCAACUAGUUGUCAUUCACCCAGAAUCAUACACCCCAAAGUUGGCCUCAUCACUCAGCAAUCUAUAUAGCGCUCUCUCGAUUGCCCUUCACCCAGGAUCAUACGACCCAUAUUUGGCUUCAUCACUCAACAAUUUAUGUAACGCUCUCUCGAAUAUCGGACGGCACCCUGAGGCACUCCCAUUGAUCAAGGAAAGCGUCAGACGGUACCGCCGGCUAGUUGCCGAACAUCCAGGUUCUUACACCCCGGAUUUGGCGUUGUCACUCAACAAUCAAUAUAAGGCUCUUUCGAAUCUCGGACGGCACUCGGAGGCCCUUCCGCUCAUCGAGGAAAGCGUCAAACUCAGGCGUCAGCUAGUUGCCGUUAACCCGGGAUCAUAUACCCCAGGUUUGGCUUUGUCACUCUACAAUCUAAGUAGUGCCCUCUCGAAUCUCGGACGGCACUCGGAUGCGCUUCUGUUCAUCGAUGAAAGCAUCAAACUCUACCGUUCGCUGGUUGCCGUUAACCCAGGAUUACACAAAUCGAAUUUGGAGAUGUCACUC